GCACCCACUGGCCACCUUUUUCCACCUGUUUUUCCGAGUGAGUGCUAUUAUUACCUACUUGUUCUGUGACUGGUUCAGCAACAGCUUUGUUGCCUGUUUUGUCACUAUUCUCCUCCUUCUAUCCUUUGACUUUUGGUCAGUUAAGAAUGUGACAGGAAGACUCUUGGUUGGUUUGCGUUGGUGGAACCAGAUUGAUGAAGAUGGAAAAAGCCACUGGGUGUUUGAAGCAAAAAGGGUGCCUACAAUAGCUGCCUCAACUGAAGCUGAAGCUCGAAUCUUUUGGCUUGGUCUCAUUAUCUGCCCGGUUAUUUGGACAGUGUUUUUCUUUAGCACCCUGUUCUCCUUGAAGCUGAAAUGGCUG